AUGAAAUUCUCUGCUGCUAUCUUGUCUACCUUGGCUUUGGGUUUGGGUGCUCAAGCAUCAGUAUUGCCGUUGGUGACCGAGCUUGCUGGUAGUGGCCUUUCAUAUACUGCUGUCUCUUCACCCGUUGUGGCAUCUCCUUGGGCACCAUGGGGUCAUUCUUUGGUAGCUGUCCCACCUGCAGCUGUGGAGGUACAUGCUCCUGCCGUUGUUGAAGCUCCUGCUCCAGCUGCUGUUGCAGUUCAUGCCGCACCCAGUGUUGCUGUCCAUGCUCCCGUGGUUGUACCCGCAGCUGAGGGAACUUAUGUGGCUAAAACACGCGGUGCUGUUCAUACUGCUCCCUUGGCCGGUCAUGUCAAUUCAGUGGCCAAUGUAAAUUUGGCUCCAGCCCCUGGUACCGUAUAA